UAAAAAUAUCUUGAGGUAUUAAUAGUCAAAUAGUCAAACUGAAAUUUAUAGGUAUGUGGAGCUGAUUUGGUACAGUAUCAAAGUGACAGUGUUGAUAUCUGGAAUUGAAAUUUCUGCUUGUAAAAAUGUAAUUGCUGCUAUAUUAUGCUAGAUUUGUAAUUAAUGAAAUUAAAUAGUAUGUUCUGUGUAAACCACUGGUACCUUAUGACUCGCCAAAAUAAUUCUAUUCGAAACUUAUUAGAAUUUCUACUAAUCAAUAUGUUACAGCAGAUGUCUUAGAGUUAGUCAGAUUGCUGUAUGGUUUGGUUACUUUAGGAUAAAACAGCUUGGAGUUGUUGCACAGUAAGAAUUUAAAGACAUUUUCACUGGUUCCUUUUAGAAAAUCAGUCCAAACUCCAGCCAGGUCCAGGUUAUUUUAAUUUUAUCAACCUGACUGUACAUUUCACCUGGCCUUUGCCUUUGCCUUUGAGGGUGGAGCUGCAGCUUUGUGUUUGCUUACAUCUGAACCUAACAGGAUGUUCUUCCGCCUGAGAAACUCCUCAUACAUAUAAUACUCAUUAGCGAUACACAAGUGAAUCGGUCCUUUAAAACGACUCUUUCAAAUGAAUCAUUUGGGCGAAUUGAUUCGGAAGCAGAAAUGAAUUUUGGUGAUUUUGAUUCUUUAAUUAAAUCAAAUGCCUUUUGUAAAUUACUAAUUUGUUUAUCUUGUAGAAUAUCACUUUUAAAAGAAAGAAAGGUGUUAUAUCAUACAGAAAUAUUAUAUUCACUCAGAAUGUAUCAGGAUGAUCUGAUAUUGAUUAAUUAAUUUAAUUGUUAUACAUACAAUUAUUCUAUUAAACGUGGAAUACAAUGUGAAAAUAUUGAAUGAAUGUUACUGUUACUGAAGGAGAUGAAAUUUUAACCUUCACAACACUCUUAGGAAGUUAUGAAUGGAAACGAUUCAAACCUCCUGUAGUUCGAAUCACUAAAAAGAGUCGAAUCAGUAAAGUGACUCGUGUGAACACUGUCAUGCUGGUCACAUGGAAGUGCCUCGGUUUGGACAGGACGUGAUUAAAUACCACGUUUGAUGUGAAAGAUGCGAGCUGAUCUAAUUAGUCAUGAUUAAAUGUGACUCUUUAUGAAUCUGUCAGGAUAUAUAUUUUUAUUUUUAUUAUAUUUUUAUAUAGUUUUAGCUCACUUGUGAAAAUGGGAGAAUUGCAGUGGAUCUGCAGGAGGCUGUCACUUCAGCUCAGUAUUCUUGUAAUUUCCUGUUCAAGUCUUAGCCAAAGCAGCCCAGGUGCUAUCACACUCAUAAACCCACAUGAAUCUCCAGUCUCAGUCCACCCGCUGUGGGUCCAGUACUCCUGCAGUGAUUCGGCGAUGGUCCACCUGCAGGUUUUGGUCUCUUUUGACACCGGAACCACGUCUGUGAUCUUCCAGAGACGGUGGGAGUGUUCUCCUGGUGCCCACAGAACCCAUGUUGUGAAGAUGCAUCUCCCUGACUGGUUGGUUUAUCAGCCUGACUGGAGGGUACCGAUGUCUGACUGGGUGCUUAGCUGUUUUGUCCGUGUCUGGAUGAGCAGCAGUGUAUCAUCUGAGCCGAGCCAGGAGUCUCUGGCCAGCGUUGUGGAAACUUUCACCGUCCUCAGUCCUCUGAGUCGGAUGUUUAAAGAGCACCUGCUGUGUCCUAGCUGGGAGACGGAGAUGCUUUGGAAAGCUCGCAGAUGGAAAUCUGAGUGUCCAGUGGAAAACGAAGUCGCCAGUUUGCUGUCCUCACUCUAUGGGUCCACUGGGGAGAACUUUGGCAUCACUAGAACCCUCCAUCCGUACACGAACAGAUUUCUGGAAGGACAACGUCUCAAAGCCAUUACAUAUCCAUGGUGUGCCUUCUCUAUUUGGGUUUUAUUAGACAAACAAUGUAAAGAACAUCUGUGUGGGAUUUUAUAUCACAUAGACUUGAAGGAGAAUUACGUCAGUCCAUCUUUGUUUCUCACACGUACAGGUCACAUCCAUGUGCAGCUGGAAUUAGAGAACGGUUCGCCGUCAGCGUUUCUGUCUUCCUUCACACUUCCUUUGCACCAGUGGUGCCUUCUGAAUCUGGAGCUGACAGGAAGAAUGGGGAAAAUCACAGUCGCAUGUAUUGCGGGACAUGAACAACCGGUUAUUGACUCAUCAGAAUACACGUUUAGUACCACAGUAAGGAUGGAUGAUACAGACGGCUAUUUUGUGGUUGGUGGAGGUAAAUUUAUAAGAGGCAUUGAAGGGUUUUAUGGUCCAGUCACAUAUUACAGAACAAGAACUCCUUCUUUUAACAUGUCUGAGCUCCAGCUUCCUCAGACAGUACGGAUGGUGAAUAUAUCUGGAUGGUUACAAUCCUGUCAGCAAUUUCAAGCUGAGCUUGAACGCAAAAUAUCUGCGUAUUCUUGUGAAAUUGCUGCAAAGACACAGGGAGAGAGAUGUGUGGAUGUAUACACAGAGCUGGCACUGAAAACCAAUCCAGCAUCCUCAAGGACACAGUGCAGCUCUGAUGAAGCACUACACAGUCCUCAGAGACGACCAGUGGCUCGGCUGGUUGAGAAAAUCUUCAACAAAUAUGGCUCUGUGAGUCCAGCAGCCGUUGGCCGAGCUCUGUAUGCUGCCGUUCUGCGUACGAUGGAGAGAGAAGAGAGUGUGAAGACAAUAAGCAGGCUGAUGCCGUCUCUAUUACAAGCAGGGUGUUUAGGAGACAACCGAGCUCUCCAUCUCGCUUCUGUGCUCUACAGCGGUGGACUUGGUGUUAAGAAGCAGCCCUACAAGGCCUGGCUGCUAUCAGUGUUGGGAGCUCAGAAGGACUGGAGGCUGGCUCUCCUCCGGCUGGGGCACCUUCACCGUGUCGGUGAUCAGGGCGUGGAAGCAGACCCUGACCUCUCCUAUGCCUACUAUUCCAACAUCGCCAGGCAAACCUCAGCUGACCGUCUCAACCCUUCCUCACAACAGAUGUUUGUUGAGUCAAUACACCUAAAUGACGAGGAAAUCCUGAAAGCACAAACCAAUCAGGAUGACGACAUCUUUCAGUGGCUCAAACUCCAGGCACGCAAUGGUGUAGCAGACGCAGAGCGAGCAGUGGCUCGGAUGCUGUUCUGGGGUCAGCAAGGUGUAAGUCCAGAUAUCCAGACAGCAGUGAGACACUAUGAGAGAGGAGCCACCAGACUGCAGGACCCUGUGUCUAUGUACGACUACGCCAUCAUUCUGCUCACGGGCCGAGGAGUUCCACAAGAUGUGCCCAAAGCUGUCACUUUUCUGAAAAAAGCACAGGAACAGGGCUUUGCUCCAGCCAUCACUGCUUUGGGUUGGUACUACGAGCAGUUUGAGAAGAACUAUGAGCGAGCAGUGGAGCUCUGGGAACAGGCUGAUCAGCUGGAGAAUCCAGACGCUGCUAUGAAUCUAGGAGUCCUUCACUUGCAAGGCCUUUAUCCUGGACAACCACCUGACAAAGUUAAGGCGUAUAAGUACUUUCUGAAAUCAGCCCAGAGAGGCCACAUAAAUGGAGGCAUUGAGCUAGCUGAAAUUUGGAGUCGAGGUAUUCCUGGCUAUGUGGUGCGACAUCCAUCAGAUGCUGUUCUAUGGGUGAAGUGGGCAUCUGAGCAGAAUGGAUAUCUUGGUACAGCCUUGAGGAAAGGCCUGAAUGCCUAUCUUAAGGGGAACUGGUUUAUGGCAUUGAUUAAUUACCUGAUAUGUGCUGAGUGUGGAUUUGAAGCAGCUCAGUUUAACAUAGCGUUCCUGUGUGAACACAGUCCGCAUGGAUCCUUGAACCCAGCAUUUAUGACACAGUGUAUGUUACGAUACUACAAUCUCUCCAUUCAGAGCCAAGAUCCUUCACCUUAUGCUUUGGUUAAAAUGGGAGACCUGUUCUAUGAGGAGCACACACGGGGCAAAAGAGACCUUUCAGAUGUAGCUGAGAUGUACAAAAAAGCAGCACUCAAAAACGACCCACAGGGCUGGUACAGUCUGGGGCUGCUUGUUCAGGAAGGUCACAGAUUACCAGCCAUGGUACUUUCUGAACUAAAGCUGCUGCAACAUUAUUUUUCAGACAGAUACACCCUUCUUACCAGCCUGUACCACAGAUGUAGAGACUCUAACAGUGAUGAAUCGUACCUCCCCUGUACUCUUGCUCUGCUUGCUUCACACUUAGACUCCAUACAAACACUUGGACCUGCUACUGUGAAGCUCCUGAGCGCAGUGGCAGUUGCUGUCGCUACUCUCUCCUUUUUCAAACUCGUCCCUGCGAUCCUUCGUCAGAGGUCAGUAUCAAGUCAGCAGAGUUCAGCAUUAUCUGAGAGCAGUGAAGCACCAGAACAGGACGAGACUCCAGUGGUCUGAGUGGCAUUCAGUGUUAAUGACAAACCGCAUGAGAAACUGACCAACGAACAUGGAGGAUGAGAAACUAAGAGGAUUUCAUUUCAUCAUGGUUUGAAAGACGUUUAGAAGUUUAUUUUUUGAAUCGUCACUGUUACGUCUUUACAUUUCUCAGCUUGACCACUGAGAUUUUAAGUAUUGUUUCCCUUAUCUCAUUUCAGCUGUAAACACUAUUUAUAGUCUUACCUUAUUGGUUUUCAUGUCAUAGCCCAUAUAUACUGUAUAUUUAAGCUAAAGUUUCAGACAUAAACCACUUGUGGGUGUGUUGUAGGAAAAUAAUCAAAGAUGAAACAGAGUUACUGUUACUAUCCUGAACUUGAAUAGCUUCCUAUAACUGCACAUCCUGAAAUGUUUUAUUCCUCUGAUACCACAGCAGUCUGCCAACAAUCACAGUUGGUAAAUUUAAUGACAUUUUUAAAUCCAUUAAUAGUUACCUUCAUAGUUAUAGUCAUAUAGUCCAUAGUCCAAAGUAGUUCCUGUUAUCACUUACAUUAUAGCAGCUAUAAACACUAAAAACAAAAGUAAAGAGACUCUGAGAACAGAGUUGUAUUUUAAUGACCAAGAAAUCCUUUCUUUCCUAUACCUACUUUUGCGAGCAAACAACUUUGCCAGAAUUUACAGGGCCUCACAUAUCCAGUCCAGUUGACUAAAAAUAAAGAGCUAAUUAUAGUGAUUUGCUAAGAAAUAUACACAGCUGCACUUGGCAUAAUUAAUACAAUCUGCACAGUAUAAACAAGUUUGCACACAUCUUCUCAUCAGUAAACAUACUGGUGGCUGGGGGGAUUUUUCAGUGAUGUUUGUUAUUAGGGUUUAGAUUUGCACAUGCCCUGAAUGUUUAAAGAGUGUGUGUGCUUUUUGAUCUGCUGGUUGGAUUAACUGCAUAUGAGCUGCAUUUCUAUCAUUGAGUAAACAUGAAAAACACAGAAGACUGAAGGACAUUGAAGCAUGAGGUCUCAGCACACUGAAAAAUAAUUAGUCCACAGAAAAGAGCCUCUUUUAAUUUGUGGCUAAUUUUUGAUGCCUUUUAAUAAAUUCAUAAAAAUGUGACUUGACAGAAUAUAUCUUCAAAAGUGUUUGAAAACUCUCUCUUAUCUCUUACUCUCUUCCUUGUUUUUUUUUUUUGCAUGCUAGUUCAUUCAUUUGAUUGUUACAAAUGUGUAACUGAAACCAUUUUUGCUUUUCACUGGCAGUCUGAGAGCCACUAAUUACUCUCACUGUUGAUAAAAAGAAUAACAAAUUGUUCAUUCUCCAGAGAUGGAAACAAUGCUAAAUGCAUAUGCAAGGAGACAAAAGGACAAAACAAUAAAUUGAAUCAGAUUUUUGCUUGCCAAUACUUGUUUCCAUAACUGUUCUGUUUAUACCCAAACAGCCCAUGCACAUGGUCUGAACAUACAUUUUUUAAUACUACUAAAAGUUAAAUGCCUGUUUUAUAUAUUAAAUGUG